AUGUAUGGCCAGAGGCAGGGGACGGACCCCUCGAGGCCGUUCCAGGUGCCACCGCCUCCUCCUCCCAUGUCACCACCACCCUCGCUCGGCACUUCCUCAAUCAACGGCAUCAUGACCACCAUCCCUCCUCCGCCUCCUCGCUACGCCAGCGCGCCGGCUGGAGCCAUCCAACUGCCGGGGCCGCCAGGCGCACCACCUCCAAGCACCCUGCCGCCACCCCCAGGGCCGCCGCCCAGCAGCGCGACACCAUGGCAGGGCACCUGGAACGGCUCGUACGGGUCCUACAUACCUCCUCCUCCGCCACCUGCCCAGCAGGCCCCGCGCCCGUACAACCCUCUGCCAUACAAGCUGGUCAAUGGUCAACAGAUCCCACUCUCCAUCCCUCCACCCCCGCCUCCCAAUGAGCAGAUGUCGGCGACCUACAUCCCGGCGGGGGACACUUAUGGAGAAGGCGUUGGCAUUCCAGGCUUGGGAAUGGACGAGACAAUGGCCUGGCCUGUGUCUGCCACCUCACAAAGUCCGUGGACGACCCAACAGAGCAGUAUCGGCAGCCUUGGGACGUCCAACACCAACGACACGGCCAACACUACGCCCAUCGACUCGUACGGUGGCACCGCACACAACAGGGUGAACUCGACGACCUCGAACGCGACAACAACGGCCUCGUCUGGGAUCCCCUCGGAGCUCGCUGCGCAGUGGCCUCUAGAUCGGGUCCUGUCGUGGCUCAGGGCCAACAACUUCAGCAAGGACUGGAUCUCUACGUUUCGCGUGCUGGAGCUGCACGGCUCCAAGUUCCUCGAGCUGGGCAGCAGCCACAACGGACGGGGCAACUUCGGCAUGAUGCACCAGCAGGUGUAUCCGCAGCUGGCCAUCGAAUGCACCAACAGCGGCAACAGAUGGGACCAGACGCGCGAGCGCGAAGAGGGAAAGAGGAUGCGGCGGUUAAUACGCAGUAUCGUCAAGGGCGAGACCACAGGAGCGGUGCACAACACGACCCACACGCGGAAGGAAUCAACAAGCACCACGUCCCUGAUACCGCCCCCUGCAGGCACGGACAGCGGCUCUCCAGAGACACCACCCAUCAAGGCUCCAGGCCCAGGCUUCUCAGUCGGACGUAGGUCAUCACCAUCAUCAUUAUCAUUAUCAUCGUGCUCGCACGCCAUGCCCAUCUUUUUGAACGGUUUUAGUAACUCACUCGCGUCUGCAGAUCCCGGCGGCAAUCAUAGGAAACUCCUCGUCAAUGUCGACGACGAAGGCUCGCGCCGCCAUAGCCCAGUCGAGCAGGGAGAUGCAGGGGCAACUAAUACUAAUCUAGGAAGCGGCGGCGCCGCCGGUAGCAGCAGCAAUCGCGCCUACAGCCCGUCCGGCAGUCCAGCUGCUGGGCUGUUUCCUUCUGUCCCGACCCCGAAUCUCACCACCUCGCCUGUGAGCAGGUUUGGCAGCCACAGGAACCGAAACAGUACCGAGUCUGUCUCGUCCAACGCAGCCAUCUACGGGUCGGGCGUCCCCGACGGUGCAAGCCAGGCCCUGCGGUCUCAGAUGACCCUCGACAUGAGGGAUGCUCGUCGGUUCGGUCAUGAUGGGGGCAGUCGGCCCAGCCCUCUUGGCGGUGAGAGCGCAUCGCCCGGUGACCGCUCGGCUGGGGCAAGCGAGCCGCCUGGGUCGGCCAAGGAGAGCAAAUCGUUCCUCUCGUACUUGAACUUCAGGAAGAAGAAUAAGAACCACGACGAUCCUGACUCGCCUACGAGCCCGAUGCAGUUCAAGCAGCAGUCGCUCGGCAGCAAACCCAACCACAGCGAGACGACAGUAGGUUCUUCUCUCUCGGCCUCACAGGACCAGCACACGCCAGCGUCGUCCAUGAGAUCGAGGCGCAUCCACACGGGCAGGGUCUUCAUCCUCGCAACACUAGACCAUUGGAACUACAGGAUGGUGGACGUCUCAGACCUGUCGACCCCACUCGAGCUGCGGCACUCCAUAUGUACCAAUUUGGGCCUGCCCGACUCGGAUGGCGCGUCCGUGUAUAUCACCGAACUGGGCAAAUUCGACCAUGACGAGGCGCUAGACGAUUCUCAACUCAUGACCAACAAGAAGCUGCGGGCAGACGCUGCUGGUUCCCUGAAGGUGUUUGUGCGGCCUGGGAAUAUGGCCGGGGUGGACGUCAAGAUUGGACAGCCACAAAACGCGCUCUCUCCAGCACUGGGAGCCGGUGCAAGGAUCGAUGAAGACACCUACGCGCGUCUGGUGAAUGGUCAGCGUCGGAGGUCCAGCUCUUCUCCGCCGACGUCGAGGCAGAAUACUCUUGCUGGUGAACACGGCAGGAACGCGUAUCAGGCCGAGGUGGCCCGAAAGCAACAAGAAUACUUGGCCAAGCGCCAGAAGGGUAAGGACAGCGCGUCUCCUGAAGAUGCCGAUACGUCCUCGUACAGCGGGAUCCUGGGCCGCCGCAUUGUGAACUUCGACGAGCCUCGAAACUCGCCCUUCGAGGACAAGAAGCCUUUUGAUACGGCAUUUGCACCCCAGAGACGAGCCCCUGCGGCACCUGUUGACCCAUCUGCAACUCUGAUCAAGGCAAACUCGCUUUCGAAACGAGGAUCCCAGCAGCGGUACAGCGGAGGCAGUAUGGAUGGCUACCCCACGAAGCGGCCAGGCAGCGGUGUGUCAGAGAGUCCGAAGCAGCUGUCCCAGAGGAAACCAACCAACGAGCGCCAGGCGCUUGGCGGGAUCGGAUCUGCACUCGUGGGCAUCGGUCGCAACAUGGGAGGCAUAGGGCAUCCUGGAAGUGUAGGGCGAAGAUCCACGUCACCUGGUAAAAGCCCAGAGAACGGCACUGGGUCCACGACAUCUGACAGAGGUAAGAACACCCAGACGAGCAUUUUUGUUUAUAUAGACAAUAGGGAGAGUCCGCGACCGUCAACACCCAGAUCGCCAGCCUCAUCUACAUUGAGCUCAGGGCACCAAGUGUUUGAUGUGCCCGACUUGUCCCCUGCUGGAGGAAGACCUUUUCCGAGACUCUCGUCACCUCAGAUGGAAAUUAACACGGAAGCUAAUUGUUCCCCAACAACAACAGGAGAAGAGCCCACAUCUCGAAGGCUGGGCUCGCCCGACACCAGCAGCCCAGAAUCUACGCGCGUCUCGGACAAGCCGCCCCAGUUGCCGAAAGUCAUCAUUAAGCCCAAGAUUUUCCAAGGAGAUUCAUCUGACGAGGACGAUGAUUCCGACGACGGACUAUUUGCGAAGCCUCUCACAGGACGUACCCCAACACCCAAGGGCAAGGAACCGGCUACGAGUACUCCCUCUAAGCCCAGCCUGACCGUGAACACCAGUCGCGCCAAGAAGGGGCUGUCAGUGACCUUCAACACGACGACGUCUGGGAGCAGGUCGCCAGAGGAUACCCAGUCUUCCAAGAGCUCUUCGCGGAGGACCCCCAAUACGCCUCGCUCCGAAGGCUGGGACUCGAACAAUGAUGACGUGAAGCUCAGCCGGCGCAAGAGUUUCAUGGAGAAGGACAGCUCCAUCUGGGCCAAUCGCCCCCCGACGGACGCACUGAUCAACAACCUCGAGGACUUCUUCCCCAACCUGGAUGUUGAUCAGCCUGUUCUGGAUGAAGCCGAGGGACUGUUGAGUGACUUACCACCGAGCCCGAUCGCUGAGGAGCCACAGGAAGGACAACAAGAAAACCAGAAGCCCUUGACGUCUUCCAGGAUAAGCAAGGUAUACAAUGACGCGGACACUCUCGGCAGCGACGAGUCGACGCUGAAGGCACUGGAGAGGCCGGCUUCCAUCAUGAGUGUGGCAGCGAAGAGCUCUGCUCGGCGCUCACAGGGACUGGGAAGGAUGAAGUCCAUCCGAGAAGUAGCCCACAAGCGCUACACUCAGGGCUAUGCAUCGAACCGCGGAUCGAUCGUGCCACCGAUGCCAACAGAUGCUGCAGCAAAGGCGGCCGCCAACACCUCGGCAACCAACACAAAUCUUAUGCGGCGCAAGUCCACCAAGAUGUUCAACGCCAACAUCGUCCAGAUCCGGCCUGAGCGAGGGUCUACGAUCCUCCCGCAGAUCCCUCAAGACCAUCUGUCCAGCCUCCCACACAACGCCAACAAUCAGAUCCCGAAGCGGCAGACGACGUUCCGGUGGUUUAAGGGCCAGCUGAUCGGCAAGGGCACCUACGGGCGUGUAUACCUCGGUAUGAACGCCACGACGGGUGAGUUCUUGGCUGUGAAGGAGGUCGAGGUCAAUGCCAAGGCUGCAGCCGGCGACAAGAACAAGAUGAAGGACAUGGUGGCCGCGCUGGACCAGGAGAUCGACACCAUGCAGCACCUGGAUCAUGUCAACAUUGUGCAGUACCUAGGCUGUGAGCGCAAGGAGACCAGCAUAUCCAUCUUCCUCGAGUACAUUCCUGGUGGCAGCAUUGGUUCUUGUCUGCGUAAGCACGGAAAGUUCGAGGAAAGCGUUGUCGCCAGCUUGACCCAGCAGACGCUCUCGGGGCUGGCGUACCUGCACCGCGAGGGCAUUCUGCACAGAGAUCUCAAGGCCGACAACAUCCUACUUGACGUCGACGGCACGGCCAAGAUCUCCGACUUUGGCAUCAGCAAGAAGACGGACAACAUCUAUGGCAACGACAAGACCAACAGCAUGCAAGGGUCUGUCUUCUGGAUGGCGCCCGAGGUUAUCCGGUCGCAGGGCGAGGGCUACUCGGCCAAGGUCGAUAUCUGGUCUCUGGGGUGCGUGGUUCUCGAGAUGUUCGCUGGACGUCGUCCAUGGAGCAAAGAUGAGGCGGUCGGAGCGAUCUAUAAGAUUGCCAACGGCGAGACGCCACCUAUCCCGGAGGAGGUUAGCGCGGCGGUGACUCCGGUUGCGCUGUCGUUUAUGUGGGAUUGCUUUACUGUCAACCCCCAAGAGCGACCUACCGCCCCGAAGCUUCUCGCCGAGCAUCCGUUCUGCGUGUACCGAGACGACUAUGACUUCCAUCACACUGAGCUCUACGCCAAGAUCAAGGGAACCUGGAACACCACCAAGUGA